AUGGCUACCACGGUUGACAUUUACUCCGACUAUGUCUGCCCGUUUUGCUUGCUCGCCGAAGAAGUUCUGACCGCCGAGCUCAAGGACCGCAGGGAUGUAAAGGUCCGCUGGCAUCCCUUCGAGUUGCGACAAUACCCUACACCGACUCUACGCACCGAAGAUGAAUAUCUUCCCCGUGUGUGGAAAUCAUCCGUCUAUCCGAUGGCUGCAAGGCUCGGCGUGGAUAUCAAACUACCGAACAUCUCACCACAACCGUACACACAUACCGCGUUCGAGGGCUCCUUCUUUGCUGCUGAGCACGAUCGAGCGAACGAAUACAAUGUAGCAGUUCUGAGGGCGUUCUUCCAACAGGAACGCGACAUUGGGAAUGUUGAUGUUCUCGCGGAUGUUGCAGCAGGAGUUGGUCUUGACAGGGAGGAGUUCCGGCAAGCACUCAUCGAUCGCAAGUACCGCCAGGCGGAGAAACACGCUGUUCAACACGCUUCCGAGCUCGGAAUCACCUCUGUGCCGACAAUAUUCGUCAACGGUCGGAUGAUUUGUUCUGGGGUUCCCAACCGCGAUACUCUACGCCGCGCCCUCGACAGCACUACAUCUAGCAGAGAAGUGGGUAGUUAA